UCCGGGCCGCCAGGGGCGGUGCUGCCCCGCCCGGCCCAUGGCGGCCGCUCCGCCCGCCCGGCCCCGCGGGCAGUUGCCAUAGCGCCGCCGCCGCCGAGCGCAGGGACCGGCACCGGGAUCGGGAUUGGGAUCGGAACUGUCUGCCCCAGGCCCGGCCUGCCCCGGCCCGGCCCCGGCCCGCCGCCCGCCCGGGACGCGGCUCUGCGGGAGGCAGGUGGGAGAAUCCCAACACUGCUGAGCUGAUGUCAGGACCAGGACUCCUCUGCAUGCCAAGGCUUCUAACCCCCUGAUGCAUAGCAGGAGAGUGGAAUGGAGAUAAGUCUAUCUGAGGUCACAGCACAUUCCUUGGAAAGAGGCAUGGGACUAAGGAAUCGAGACAGACUGGUUACUAUGUGGGCGAGCUGCUGUAACUGGUUCUGUCUGGACGGCUCAGCCGAGGAGAUGCAGCCGCAGCCGCCGCCAGCCCGAGCCCAGGCCUAUUCCAACCCCGGCUACAGCUCCUUCCCCUCGCCCACGGCUCCCGAGCAGAGCUGCAAAGCCUGCGGGCUGCACUUCGACAGCUCGGCCAGCAAGCACAUCUGCUUGGACUGUAAGAAGAAUUUUUGCACGUCCUGCUCCAACCAGCCCGAGGGGGGGCCCCUGCUCUGCCACCUCUGCCAGCGCUUCCGAGCCACGGCCUUCCAGCGGGAAGAGCUGAUCAAGAUGAAGGUGAAGGACCUGCGAGACUACUUGGCCCUCCACGAGAUCUCCACAGAGUUUUGUCGUGAAAAGGAGGACCUGGUGUUUCUGAUCCUUGGCCAGCAGCCUGUAAUUAGCCAGGAGGAUCAGAUAAGAACAAACACAUUUAAUACCAGAGCCUCUGGACAGCAAGACUCUGUGAGUCACCCCCCAGCCAGCCUGUCCUCUUCUACCUCACUCGAGGAGUCUUCGGUGUCUACAGAGCCCAUCUCAAGUUCAGUAGCUCAGGAGCACCAACAGGCAAAUGGUCACGUGCCUCCCAGCCCAGUCGGUGUGACAGCAGUUGAGGAUGCAGCAGAGGAAGCACCAGCAGAGGAGGAGACACAGUCUACUGACUCUGAAGAUAACCUGGUGCUGGGGAGGAAGGCUUCCCUCUCCGACCUGAGGAGCGUCGGGGACAUCAACGCGCUCUCCGUGCGGCAGCUGAAGGAAAUCCUCGCCCGCAACUUCGUCACCUACAAAGGCUGCUGUGAAAAGUGGGAGCUGAUGGAGAGGGUGACCCGUCUCUACAGAGAGAGAGACCCUCAGCAUCUAGUUUCUGACACGGACGAUCAAACUGGUGGUGCUGGGCAGCCCAGCGCCGAGGACAACCUGUGCAGGAUCUGCAUGGAUGCUCCCAUUGACUGUGUCCUGCUGGAAUGUGGGCACAUGGUGACGUGCACCAAGUGCGGGAAGCGGAUGAGCGAGUGCCCCAUCUGCCGGCAGUACGUCAUCAGGGCCGUGCACGUCUUCAGGACAUAGCCGGGGGCAGGGCUGGCCAUGCCCUGAAGCCUCCUCUGCCGGGAGAGGAACGGUCCACAUCCUACAGAUAGUUACAAACAGACCCCGCUGGAAGGGAGGGAAGGAGGAAGCCUUGGGGAAAACUGUCCUGCUCGAGCCACGCCCGACUCUGCUCUUCCCACCAUCGUGCUUUACACCACAGUGCCUGCCCUCCCUGGAGCUCAGUGCCAGCAACCAUGAACCACCCACAGCCCAGGAUGACUCGAUCCUCUCUGCUGAGGACAGAUGGAUGCUCAGCUUCCCACCACAAAGAUCAGCUCCAGAGGCUUUGUAUUUUCCUCUGAAUAAUAAAAGUGAACUGGGGUCUCAAAAA